AGUAUUUAGAGUUUGACAUUGACAUAGAACUCAAGAUUUCAUUUUACGCUCUCAGCUGCAUCAUCAAGGGCACUUAUCUGCGAGCGUAAAGGGUAGGAUACAUGCGCAUGUGCACACAACCGUGUCCAAUGUAGGCCUGUGUUGUUUUCAAAGUGCCCCAAAGGAAAAUUUGUUUUAUUUAUUUAACAACAAAAAAAAGCAAGGAAAAGACGAACUAAGGGAAAUCGGAGGCUCAUAUGACCGCCUCCCUGGUGCUAAAUCCUCGCUGGCCGGCGGAUACUGUGAUGUUUGUGUAUGACAAUAACCUGGACGACCUUAAUAAGAACAUGGAAGGAUUCGUAGGCAGCGGGAACUUUGCAUCGGCCAGUCAGUGCCGUAAUAUUAUGGCCCAUUCGGCGGCCGCAGCGGCUCUGGGUGGACACCCGUCCGGAUUGGUGCACCCUUCCACCGGCUACUCUACAUUGGACGCCCCUGGCUCCAGCCCCAGUGAAACGGCCACGUCUUCUGGAAAACCGUGCGGAUCCGGCCCGUGUCCAGCCGCCUCGAUGCCACAUCAGAGCUCCUCUGCAGCAUCCGCUCUACCGUACAGUUACUUCGGUAACGGCUAUUAUCCGUGCAGAAUGGGGCGAGGUGCCCUCAAGUCGUGCACUCAGGCUGCCGGAGCCGCUCUCAGCUAUUCGGCAGCAGCAGAGAAGUACAUGGACACCCCGGUGAGCAGCGAUGACUACUCCAACCACCGAGCCAAAGAAUUUGCUUUUUACCACGGCUACCCGAGCCCCUAUCAAUCCAUGGCGAGCUACCUCGACGUGUCUGUGGUGCAGACCCUCGGUGCUGGGGAGCCCCGCCAUGACACCCUCCUACCGAUGGACAGCUACCAGCCCUGGGCUCUCACGAACGGCUGGGGAGGCCAAAUGUACUGCUCCAAAGACCAGGGCCAGGCGGGGCACCUUUGGAAGUCUGCUCUGGCGGAUGUAGUGGGGCACGACGGAUCGUCUUUUCGUCGAGGCAGGAAGAAAAGGAUACCCUACACCAAGCUCCAGCUCAAGGAACUGGAGAAAGAAUAUGCUGCGAACAAAUUCAUCACGAAGGACAAACGAAGAAAGAUCUCAGCAGCCACUAAUCUGUCGGAGAGGCAGAUCACCAUUUGGUUUCAAAACAGGAGGGUGAAAGAGAAGAAAUUCGUUGCCAAAGUCAAAAGCACUGCACCAUAGAACCCCUUUGUAUGCCAAUGGCCAAAAACGUCCACGAUCAGCAUCCGUGUUUUGGACAAAGAAGAACGUGGAUUUACUUCAUUUGACAUCAUAUCAAAAAAAGGGGACGAUAUGACGACAUUAUACUCGACGAUGUGGGACUUGGGGUUUCAAUUCUCCCUAUAGGUUCACUUCACCGAAAGCUCUUUCACAAUGAACAAUGAUCGAAAAAAAAAACAGACUAAGAACUCGAAGAAGUGAGCAAAAGCCUUGUAGGACAUGCUUCUAGAGACAUGGUGUUCAAACAGCACUUAAUUUGCCUGCUUUGUCUUAUAACCUCGUUCGUCUACACUCUUGUCUGUCUGUAACGUCCUACAUUUACGUGUGCAUGUUUGUAAUGUAAGUAUUGUCGGCAUCGAUUAGAGUAGCAGAAACCUAUUAUACAAUCAUAUAUACAUUCAUUCUGUUUAUAACGCUUAUAUAUACAAAAAAAAUUAUGGUGGAAUGCUUAAUAAAUACUUUAAAUCCUCUACAGCUUUCGUUGUAACCACCAUAUUUCCCAUAAAAGCAUGCAAUGUAGAAGUUUGGUUCGACCGACAACAGAUUGCCUCUGCCAGCUUUUGGGACAUUUUAUAUUUUUACUCGAAUAUUAAAGAAUGUUGCAUUAUGCCCAUAAUUAUUU